AUGGCUCGGUUCGGAGACGACCUCGCUCCUUCGGGCCGCUACGGCCCCGGCGGCCCCGGCGGCAGCGGCGGCAGCGGCGGCCCCGGGACGGCGGCGGGCGGGGGUCGCGGCGGCGGGGGGGCCCUCGGCCCGGUGCCCCCCCCCGGGGCCCAGCGGCUCUACAAACAAUCCAUGGCCCAGCGCGCCCGCACCAUGGCCCUGUACAACCCCAUCCCGGUGCGCCAGAACUGCCUCACCGUCAACCGCUCGCUCUUCCUCUUCAGCGAGGACAACGUGGUGAGGAAAUACGCCAAAAAGAUCACCGAAUGGCCUCCUUUUGAAUACAUGAUUUUAGCCACCAUCAUCGCCAACUGCAUCGUCCUGGCCCUGGAGCAGCACCUGCCCGACGAGGACAAGACCCCCAUGUCGGAGCGGCUGGACGACACGGAGCCGUAUUUCAUCGGCAUCUUCUGCUUCGAGGCGGGGAUCAAAAUCAUCGCGCUGGGCUUCGCCUUCCACAAAGGCUCCUACCUGCGCAACGGCUGGAACGUCAUGGACUUCGUGGUGGUGCUCACGGGCAUCCUGGCCUCGGUGGGCUCCCAGUUCGACCUGCGGACGCUGCGGGCCGUGCGCGUGCUGCGGCCCCUCAAGCUGGUCUCGGGGAUCCCAAGUCUGCAGGUGGUGCUGAAGUCCAUCAUGAAGGCGAUGAUCCCGCUGCUGCAGAUCGGGCUCCUGCUCUUCUUCGCGAUCCUCAUCUUCGCCAUCAUCGGCCUGGAGUUCUACAUGGGCAAAUUCCACACCACCUGCUUCGACCUGGUCACAGACGAGAUCAAGGUGGAGGUCCCGUGCGGGACGGACGAGCCGGCGCGGAUCUGCCCCAACGGCACCAAGUGCAAGAAGUACUGGGAGGGGCCCAACUACGGCAUCACGCAGUUCGACAACAUCCUCUUCGCCGUGCUCACCGUCUUCCAGUGCAUCACCAUGGAAGGCUGGACCGACCUCCUCUACUAUAGCAACGACGCCUCAGGGAACACUUGGAACUGGCUCUACUUCAUCCCCCUCAUCAUCAUCGGCUCCUUUUUUAUGCUCAACCUCGUGCUGGGGGUCCUGUCCGGGGAGUUUGCCAAAGAGCGGGAGCGGGUUGAGAACCGCCGGGCGUUCCUGAAGCUGCGGCGGCAGCAGCAAAUCGAGCGGGAGCUCAACGGAUACAUGGAGUGGAUCUCCAAGGCGGAAGAGGUGAUCCUGGCCGAGGACGAGCCCGAGGCCGAGCCCCGGCGCCCCUUCGAUGCUCUCCGGAGGGCCACCAGCAAGAGGAGCAAAACGGACCUGCUGAGCCCCGAGGAGGGCGAGGAGCAGCUGGGGGACAUCGCCAACAUGGGCUCCCCCUUCGCCCGUGCCAGCCUCAAAAGUGCCAAGCUGGAGAACGCCUCGUUCCUGCAGCGGCGGGAGCGGCGCGUGCGCUUCCACAUCCGGCGCAUGGUGAAAACUCAGGCCUUCUACUGGACCGUGCUCAGUCUGGUAGCGCUCAACACCCUGUGUGUUGCUAUCGUUCACUACGACCAGCCAGAUUGGCUUUCCGACUUCCUCUACUAUGCAGAAUUCAUUUUCUUGGGACUCUUUAUGUCCGAAAUGUUUAUAAAAAUGUACGGGCUGGGGACGCGGCCUUACUUCCACUCGUCCUUCAACUGCUUCGACUGCGCCGUUAUCAUCGGCAGCAUCUUCGAGGUGAUCUGGGCCGUUGUGAAGCCGGGCACGUCCUUUGGGAUCAGCGUGCUGCGAGCUCUCAGGUUACUGCGCAUCUUCAAAGUCACCAAGUACUGGGCUUCCCUGCGGAACCUGGUGGUGUCCCUGCUCAACUCCAUGAAAUCCAUCAUCAGCCUCCUCUUCCUCCUCUUCCUCUUCAUCGUCGUCUUCGCCCUUUUGGGGAUGCAGCUCUUCGGGGGACAGUUCAAUUUUGACGACGGGACCCCUCCCACCAAUUUCGACACUUUCCCAGCAGCAAUAAUGACGGUGUUCCAGAUCCUGACGGGAGAAGAUUGGAACGCGGUGAUGUACGACGGCAUCAAAUCUCAGGGCGGCGUCAAGGGCGGCAUGGUCUUCUCCGUCUACUUCAUCGUCCUCACCCUCUUUGGAAAUUACACGCUCCUGAACGUCUUCUUGGCCAUCGCCGUGGACAACUUGGCCAACGCGCAGGAGCUCACCAAGGAUGAGCAGGAGGAGGAGGAAGCCGCCAACCAGAAGCUGGCGCUGCAGAAGGCCAAGGAGGUGGCCGAGGUCAGCCCGCUGUCUGCAGCCAACAUGUCCGUGACCAUGAAGGAGCAGCAGAAGAACCAGAAAUCCUCCAAGUCGGUGUGGGAGCAGCGCACGAGCGAGCUGCGCAAGCAGAACCUGCUGGCGAGCCGCGAGGCCCUGUACAGCGAGCUGGACCCCGAGGAGCGCUGGAAGGUGCCCUACGCCCGCCACCUGCGCCCGGACAUGAAGACGCACCUGGACCGGCCGCUGGUGGUGGAUCCGCAGGAGAACCGCAACAACAACACCAACAAAACGCGGCCCGGGGAGCCGCCGCUGGCCGAGCCCCGCCUGGGGCCGCUGCGCCCCGAGGAGCUGCGGCGGCAGCCGCGCUACCCCGAGCACGGCCCGCGGCCCCCGGAGGCACCGGCGGGAGCUCCCGGCGGCCGCCGGCCCCGCAGCAGCAGCCGCGAAGCGGAGCGGGAGCCCAGCCAGGAGCGGGGGGGAUACGGGGACGGCGAGCGGCCCAAGGGGCGGCACCGGAGCCGGGAGGGACGCGCGGGGUCGCCGCCCGAACGGGAGCACCGGAGGCACCGCGGGCACCGGAGAGCGCCCGAGGAGGGAGAGGAGGGAGGGAGGAUCCCCCCCGAGCGGCGGCCGCGGCACCGGGACGGGGGCAGAGCGCCCAGGGCAGACGGAGACGCGGAGCAGCAGCAGCAGCAGCACCACGGGGACGGCGAGCGGCGGCGGCGGCACCGGCACGGGCCGGCUCCCCCCGGCUACGACGGAGAGGGCAGGAGGGACGAGCGGGAGCGGCGGCACCGCAGGAGGAGGGAGCCGCAGCCGCCGCCCCCGGCCCCGUCGGGCCCCACCCUCUCCACCACCCGGCCCAUCCAGCAGGACUUGGGGCGCCGCGGGGACCCCCCCGCCGUGGCCGAGGACAUGGACAACGUGCGGAACGACAAACUGGCCACGGGGGUGGGGGGGGGCAGCGCCGAGCCCCCCCCGGCGCCGCCCCCCGCCCUGGGAAACCACGCCCCCUGCCCGCCCCCGCCGCCCCCCGCCCCCGGGAACGGCCUGGGGGGCUCCUCCAAGCCCCCCAAUAACCCCGGCAAGGCGGGGGGGGGCAGGCCCGAGCACACGGCCGUGGACAUCCCCCCCCCCUUCCCGCCGCCCCCCAGCAACGCCCUGGUCCAAGUGAACAGGAACGCCAACCCCGAGCCGCUGCCCCGCAAGGAGGAGGAGGAGAAGAAGGAGGAGGAAGGCGAGGGGCAGGACGAGAACGGCCCCAAGCCCAUGGUGCCCUACAGCUCCAUGUUCAUCCUGUCCACCACCAACCCGUUCCGGCGGCUGUGCCAUUACAUCGUGAACCUGCGCUAUUUCGAGAUGUGCAUCCUGAUGGUGAUCGCCAUGAGCAGCAUCGCGCUGGCGGCCGAGGACCCCGUGCAGCCCAACGCGCCCCGCAACAACGUGCUGCGUUACUUCGAUUACGUCUUCACGGGGGUCUUCACCUUCGAGAUGGUGAUCAAGAUGGUGGACCUGGGGCUGGUGCUCCACCAAGGCUCCUACUUCCGGGACCUGUGGAACAUUCUGGAUUUCAUCGUGGUCAGCGGCGCCCUGGUGGCCUUCGCCUUCACCGGCAGCAGCAAAGGCAAGGACAUCAAUACCAUCAAGUCCCUGCGCGUGCUGCGCGUGCUGCGGCCCCUCAAGACCAUCAAGAGGCUGCCCAAGCUCAAGGCCGUGUUCGACUGCGUGGUGAACUCCCUCAAGAACGUCCUCAACAUCCUCAUUGUCUACAUGCUCUUCAUGUUCAUCUUCGCCGUGGUGGCCGUGCAGCUCUUCAAGGGCAAAUUCUUCUACUGCACCGACGAGUCCAAGGAGUUUGAGAAGGACUGCAGGGGCGAGUACCUGGUCUACGAGAAGGACAACGAGGUGAAGGCGCAGAAGCGCGAGUGGAAGAAGUACGAGUUCCACUACGACAACGUGCUCUGGGCGCUGCUGACGCUGUUCACCGUCUCCACAGGAGAGGGGUGGCCCCAGGUGCUGAAGCACUCGGUGGACGCCACGUACGAGAACCAAGGGCCCAGCCCCGGGUACCGCAUGGAGAUGUCCAUCUUCUACGUGGUCUACUUCGUGGUGUUCCCCUUCUUCUUCGUCAACAUCUUCGUGGCCUUGAUCAUCAUCACCUUCCAGGAGCAGGGGGACAAGAUGAUGGAGGAGUACAGCCUGGAGAAGAACGAGAGGGCCUGCAUCGACUUUGCCAUCAGCGCCAAGCCCCUGACCCGGCACAUGCCCCAGAACCGCCAGAGCUUCCAGUACCGCAUGUGGCAGUUCGUGGUGUCCCCUCCCUUCGAGUACACCAUCAUGGCCAUGAUCGCCCUCAACACCAUCGUGCUCAUGAUGAAGUUCUACGACGCCUCCGACACCUACGAGAACGUGCUCAAGAUGUUCAACAACGUCUUCACCUCCCUCUUCUCCCUCGAGUGUCUCCUCAAGAUCAUGGCCUUCGGGGUCCUGAAUUAUUUCCGCGACGCCUGGAACAUCUUCGACUUCGUGACGGUGCUGGGCAGCAUCACCGACAUCCUGGUGACGGAAUUCGGGAACAACUUCAUCAACCUGAGCUUCCUGCGGCUGUUCCGCGCCGCGCGCCUCAUCAAGCUCCUGCGCCAGGGCUACACCAUCCGCAUCCUGCUCUGGACCUUCGUGCAGUCCUUCAAGGCCCUGCCCUACGUGUGCCUGCUCAUCGCCAUGCUCUUCUUCAUCUACGCCAUCAUCGGGAUGCAGGUGUUCGGGAACAUCGGCAUCGAGGAGGAGGAUGAUGAGUCGGCCAUCACCCAGCACAACAACUUCCGCACCUUCUUCCAGGCCCUGAUGCUGCUCUUCAGGAGUGCCACCGGGGAGGCGUGGCACGAGAUCAUGCUGUCGUGCCUCAGCGGGAAGCCGUGCGACGAGAACUCGGGCAUCAAGGAGGACGAGUGCGGCAACGAGUUCGCCUACUUCUACUUCGUGUCCUUCAUCUUCCUCUGCUCCUUCCUGAUGCUGAACCUGUUCGUGGCCGUGAUCAUGGACAACUUCGAGUACCUGACCCGCGACUCCUCCAUCCUGGGCCCGCAUCACCUGGACGAGUACGUGCGGGUCUGGGCCGAGUACGACCCGGCCGCAUGGGGCCGCCUGACCCUCGCGGACAUGUACGAAAUGCUGCGGCACAUGUCGCCGCCGCUGGGGCUGGGCACCAGCUGCCCCCCCCGCGUGGCCUAUAAGCGGCUGCUCCGCAUGGACCUGCUGGCCGAUGACAACACGGUGCACUUCAACUCCACCCUGAUGGCCCUGAUCCGAACAGCCCUGGACAUCAAGAUCGCCAAAG